GGAGAAGUUACUGGAAGAAGAACUGUUUUUUAGCCUCAUAGUUAAAUCGAGCACAAAGCCAGGAAUUCCUAGAAAUCAGAGUCCGUUAUGUGAUACUGAAGUCGUAUCGGGAAGAGAGUGAAGCUCUCUUCAAAAGCUUCUACAUGGACCCAGGCAAGAUCCAAGUGUGAAUCAUGUACUGAAUAGAUGCUCAAGCAAUGAGGAGCAAACGGAGGGAACCCACUGCCCGUCGCAGUUCUGCGAAGCCAGCCUGCGCUGCAGACUUCGGAUGCACUACUGUUUCUUCAGGCUCUUACCCACCCGAGUGUAUAGUGACAGAUUAAUUUGAAUCAAGUGGAUUGUUUUCAACUUAAAGUACUCCAAGGAUAUUGAUACACUAUGUAAACAUUAUAAUCGAUGACAGUUUGUUGAAGUUCUCAAGAGGGCUGUCAACAGGAAGAGUAAGGAAUGAGAAGGUCACUUCUGUCAAGGGGGAAUGCCAGCAUCGUCUUCUUGGGACUUGAGGAUUGAAAAAUUAAAAGGAACAGAAUUAUUUGAGACAAACUGUUUUUAACUGCUGACACAAUCUGCUGUAUCCAAUUUGUGGUGUGGAAGAACAGGACAGUCUCUUCUGCUUGGUCUGUGGUCUCCAGUGUGACCAAGUGGGGUCACCAUGAAUGUGACAAGUUUAUUUUCCUUUACCAGCCCAGCAGUGAAGAGGCUGUUGGGAUGGAAGCAGGGGGAUGAAGAAGAAAAAUGGGCAGAGAAAGCUGUUGAUGCGUUAGUGAAAAAACUAAAGAAGAAAAAAGGUGCUAUGGAAGAGCUGGAAAAAGCAUUAAGCUGUCCUGGUCAGCCCAGCAACUGUGUCACAAUUCCUCGUUCUUUGGAUGGCAGGCUGCAGGUUUCGCACCGGAAAGGGCUACCGCAUGUAAUUUACUGUAGAGUGUGGCGCUGGCCAGACCUGCAGAGCCAUCAUGAACUGAAACCACUGGAAUGCUGUGAGUUUCCCUUUGGUUCCAAACAGAAGGAGGUCUGCAUCAAUCCCUACCACUACAAGCGAGUAGAGAGUCCUGUGCUUCCUCCAGUGCUGGUGCCAAGACACAGCGAAUACAACCCUCAGCACAGCCUCUUGGCUCAAUUCCGCAACUUGGGACAAAAUGAGCCCCACAUGCCACACAAUGCUACUUUCCCAGACUCUUUUCAGCAACCCAAUAGUCACCCGUUCCCCCAUUCGCCAAACAGCAGCUAUCCCAACUCGCCGGGAAGCGGCAGCAGCACCUACCCGCAUUCUCCUGCCAGCUCAGACCCAGGAAGUCCUUUCCAGAUGCCAGCUGAUACACCUCCUCCUGCUUACCUGCCUCCGGAAGAUCAUAUGAUACAUGAUACCUCCCAGCCAAUGGACACCAACAUGAUGGUACCUGCAAUGCCUCCUGACAUACACAGAGGAGAUGUUCAGGCGGUUGCUUACGAAGAGCCGAAGCACUGGUGCUCCAUCGUCUAUUAUGAGCUCAAUAACCGUGUCGGGGAGGCCUUCCACGCUUCUUCCACGAGCGUGCUGGUCGAUGGCUUCACUGAUCCGUCCAACAACAAAAACAGAUUCUGUCUUGGGCUGCUCUCGAAUGUUAAUCGGAAUUCCACCAUUGAGAAUACGAGGCGGCAUAUUGGCAAAGGUGUUCAUCUCUAUUAUGUUGGUGGAGAAGUGUAUGCUGAAUGCCUUAGUGACAGUAGUAUUUUUGUGCAAAGUCGGAACUGCAACUACCAUCAUGGUUUCCAUCCAACCACCGUGUGCAAAAUUCCUAGUGGCUGCAGUUUGAAGAUUUUCAAUAAUCAAGAGUUUGCUCAGCUUUUGGCUCAGUCGGUGAACCAUGGCUUUGAGACAGUGUAUGAGCUUACUAAGAUGUGCACUCUCCGUAUGAGUUUUGUAAAGGGUUGGGGAGCUGAAUAUCAUCGCCAAGAUGUAACGAGCACUCCAUGCUGGAUAGAGAUACACCUUCAUGGUCCCCUUCAGUGGCUGGAUAAAGUACUUACUCAGAUGGGCUCUCCUCAUAAUCCUAUUUCUUCAGUGUCUUAAAAGGUCCCAAGCCUCCUGCAUUUUGGAAACAAUUGAGCCUUGCAUGUACUUGAAGGACAUAUGAGUCAGACACACUU